UCAGUUGCUAUUAUGGAUUACGGGUAGCCUGCUGCCUGAUAGAUUUGUCAUAAAAUCCUUGAAAACUAAUCAGACGCAAUUAUUUUUAAAAAACACCAUGCAUUCAAUCACAAUUUCAAUAGAUAAGUAAUACAAAACAGCCUUAAAAUGAGUGCAAUAUUAAAAUUCAUUCGUGAGCAUCACAUAUUAGCUGUAAUUGAACAAGCCAUCGCCAAAAAAAAAACUCGUUUGAGUUUAAAUGCUUUUGAAAUCACAGAAAUCCCUACACUUUUGUAUGGUUGUAAGGAACUUGAGCAUCUUUAUCUACAUUUAAAUAAAAUAUCAACGGUUCCAGUGGAAAUCACACAGCUUUAUAAGCUCACAACAUUAACGUUGGACUAUAAUAAUAUUGAAACAUUGCCUGCGGAAAUCGGUAACUUAAAGAAUUUGGUGAACUUAAAUAUUAGUUACAAUCCGUUAAAAGUGUUGAUACCAGAAAUUGGUGAGCUAGAGAACUUGGAGGCAUUCUGGUGCAAUAAGAUCGGCAUACAGGAGUUACCUAAGGAGAUUGGAAAGUUAUCAAAAUUGGAUAGUUUUGGUGCUAGGGGUAAUGAGCUCAAAACAAUUCCAGAAGAAAUGACACGGUUGUCAAAGUUAAGAUGGCUCACCUUAGAAAAUAAUCAAAUAGAAUCCUUGCCUAAUUGUAUGGAUGAGAUGGUGGCAUUGGUGCACUGCAACAUUCGGAGAAACAGAUUAAAAGAGAUCCCAGAGUCACUUCUGAAAUGUGCCGAUAUGAUGUUUUUGCAGCUAAAUAAUAAUCAGAUAGCGAGUCUACCUGACAACUUUAGUACGAGCUGCAUGAUAUCGUUGGAGAUGAUCGACUUGCGGGACAACCCCAUCUGCGACCUGCCGCAUCUUGAGCACCCCUUCGUCAGGUACACCGAGGAGUUGCCCACCAUCCCGGAUCUCGAAUCGGAGUCUUCCAGCAGCCGAGGCUUGAUGGGCGGCACCCAGGUUGCUCAAUUGGCUGUCAACGGGGUAGGCCUACUCCCCCCGCCGCUUCCCCCACCCAGACAUCCUGACCUCAUCCUCGAAAUGGAUUUGGACGGUUCAUCGUCGGAGUCGACCGAUGACUGGGAGAACAGCGUGAAUAGCUCCGAGCUGGACGUGCAGUACCAGAGCGAUGAGGAGCGGGCGGAUAAUGAGAUUGCACAAUUCUUCCAGGCGGUCGGAAUGGUGUUGCCAGAACUAUCGCGCUAUGCGUCGACGGCGAGCUGAAGUGUUGCUACAAUAUUAGUAAGGCAAAGUGUUGUGGAUGGCGGGAAAUAUGCGAAAUAUAUGUAUUAUAUCGGCUGCUGGAAAAUAUAAAUAAAUAUAUCGUUAAGCA